CCAGUCCACAAAGCUGAAGUCCUUCAGACUUCUCCCGAGGAUCUUCCCAUCAUCGAAGGAAAUCGUCCAAGAGUUGGAGGAAGCCAAAGUAAGCCCCCUCCCCAACUGAAGCCCCUCUCCUCUCUCUCCCCCCCUGCAGAGCCUCCAAAAGUGAUGGUCUACCCGGAGCAGGAGGUGGAGCUGGGGGAACCCAACGUACUGAUCUGCAUGGCGGACAACUUCUCUCCCCCGGUGCUGAACAUGACCUGGUUGAAGAAUGGCCAUCUGGUGACCGAAGGGGUGCAGACCAUGGAUUACUACCCCAAGAAGAACCACGCCUUCCGCCGGUUCUCCUACCUGACCUUUGUCCCAAACCAGGACGAUAACUACAUCUGUGAGGUGGAUCAUUGGGGCCUCAAGGAGCCUCUGGGCAAGCUUUGGAAUGCCAAUAUCCCAGAGCCCCUCCCGGAGACGACCGAGAAUGUGGUGUGCGCCCUGGGCCUGGCGAUCGGCAUUGUGGGCAUUGUGGUUGGCACCUUCCUGAUGAUAAAGAGCAGGAAGAUGGGAGAGGCCAGCUACCGCCGAGGGCAUCUGUAA